AUGCAAGACAAUCGCACUUACAAUGACGCGGUAAAUAGUCUAAAUUCUUUACAAACAAAUUCAGCGAUAUUAGAAGCUAUUCGUGCUUCCGGUGGUAGUUUGAAUAGAAAAAGUUUGCCGGAAUUAAGGGAAUUUUGUAGAACGAUCGGAUAUGAGCCUAGUGACUUUGAUAGGUUAAAUGUUAUUCAUAUUGCUGGUACAAAGGGAAAAGGCUCAACAAGUGCAUUGGUAGAAUCAAUCUUAAGACAUUAUAAUCAAAGUCAGAUUCGUCUUUAUACUUCGCCACAUCUUGUUGCAGUUC